UUAAAAAAAAAUUAAAGAGUGAAGAUUUUCACAUAACCCUCUCCGGUAAAAAUGUCACCGGAGACAAUCCUGAUCCCAAAAGUAAUACCCUUUUUAUAUUCAGCCGUUGAGUCAUACUCUUCCGGUUUUGAAAAUUGAAACCAAUGAAGAGCCACACCUACUAAUCUUAUAAAAACACACAAAAACACCAAAACAACAUUUAUUGUUUUACUCUUCAAUCAAUCUUCAUCACACUCCUUCACACACCAAAACAAACCAUGUAUUCUUCCUUCAAAUUCAAUUAUUUCCAUUUCUGCAUCAUCAUAUUCACAUCACACGUCUUCGCUGCAACACCCAUUUUGUCAUCAACAGAUAAUUCCUCGUUCAACAACUUUCUAGACAGUGCCAAGAGUCCAGAGGUUUUCAAUUGGAUGGUCAGUAUCCGAAGGAAGAUUCAUGAGAAUCCAGAAUUAGGUUAUCAAGAAUUUGAAACAAGUGAAGUGAUAAGAUCAGAAUUGGAUAAAUUGGGUAUCCCUUAUAAACAUCCAGUUGCAAUCACUGGUGUUGUUGGUUUCAUAGGAACUGGAUUCUCUCCUUUUGUUGCUUUAAGAGCUGAUAUGGAUGCUCUUCCCAUGCAGGAAAUGGUGGAAUGGGAGCACAAGAGUAGAGUACCUGGAAAGAUGCACUCGUGUGGUCAUGAUGCUCAUGUUAGCAUGCUACUUGGUGCAGCAAAGAUUCUCAAACAGCAUGAAAAAGAGAUACAAGGAACUGUUGUUCUUGUUUUUCAACCAGCAGAGGAAGGAGGUGGAGGGGCUAAGAAAAUUUUAGACGAAGGAGCAUUAGAAAACGUUACGGCUAUCUUUGGAUUGCAUAUUGAUCCUGAAUUACCAAUAGGUGAAGUGGCCUCUAGGUCUGGUCCAAUAAUGGCAGGAAGUGGCUUCUUUGAAGCAAAAAUAAGUGGAAAAGGAGGUCAUGCAGCUAUCCCUCAACAGUCUAUAGACCCCAUAUUGGCAGCUUCUAAUGUGAUUAUUAGCUUACAACACAUUGUUUCUCGCGAGGCUGAUCCUCUAGACUCCCAAGUAGUGACGAUUGCGAAGUUCCAAGGAGGCAGUGCAUUCAAUGUUAUUCCAGAUUAUGUCACAAUUGGUGGUACGUUCCGAGCCUUUUCUAAACAAAGCUUCAAUCAACUGAGACAGCGGAUUGAGCAGGUUAUCAUUGGACAAGCUGCCGUGCAUAGGUGCAAUGCAACUGUGGACUUCCUUGAAGAUUGGGAACCUUUCAAUCCUCCAACUGUAAACAACGAGGACCUGCACGAGCAUUUUGUGAAUGUUGCGGUGAAUAUGCUUGGCGUCGAUAAGGUUGAUAGUGCGAUGACCCCAUUCAUGGGAGCUGAAGAUUUUUCAUUCUAUCAAGAGGUCAUGCCUGGUUACUUCUUCAUGCUUGGAGUGCAGAAUAACUCACAUAAACAGUGUGAGUCGUUAUUACACUCGCCUUAUCUCGAAAUCAAUGAAAAUGGACUCUCUUAUGGAGCUGCACUUCAUGCAUCAUUAGCUGUUAGUUAUCUUCUAAAACUUCAGGAAAAUGUACCUGGUGUUGACAGAAAAACUCAUGAUGAAUUAUAAAUGUUGAUUAAUACACCUUAGCUUUGUGUGUGUGUGUGUGUUUUUUUUUGGGAAUGUUUUACUUGUUCUCUCUAAUUGAUUAGUUUGAAAUAUAAUUGUCCAUAAGUUCAAACUUUAUGCUCGUAUUGCUUAUUCCUUUCUAAUGUCCAUUUAUUUAC